UGUGUCCGGUCGCUUGCCAACAGUUGAUCGUCUGAUCGUUAGCCUAGGUUAAUCGUUAAUCGUCAUCGACGCAAUACUUGAUCGCGCCUAUGCAAAUCAAGUCAAUAACUUGAAGUCUUUUUAGUUGCAAAAGAUAGGAAAUCGUCGUCAUGUCGUGGCUGGUAUUGCUGCUCAUCUUGUACAUCAUCUGGGAUGUGAAUUACUUCAUCCGUUGCGUCUUCACGGUGUUGGGAGGACGGCUGUUUCAGCGUAAACGCAAAGUGACGGAUACGACGACGAUUUACGGAUUGUGUACGUCUCAGGAUGUGGACAUCUUUCUGCGACACAUGAACAAUGCGCGUUAUUUGCGUGAAUUGGACUUUGCCCGCUUCCAUUUCUAUUCGCUGACCAAUCUGUAUGAGCUGGUGCGUCAACGCGGCGGCGGAGCGGUUCAAGGUGCCAGCAGUGUGCGCUAUCGUCGCACCAUUCCCAUUUUCCAUCCGUACAAGAUCGAAACGAAGCUGGUUUGGUGGGAUGACAAGGCCAUCUAUUUGGAGCAACAGUUUGUCACCUUGGCCGAUGGAUUUGUGCGUGCUGUCGCCCUCUCCAAGCAGUGUCUGACCAACUGCAAUGUCAAUGAUCUGCUCAAGACGUAUCCGGAGGCGGCCAAGCGACCGGAGAUGCCCGCCGAGCUCAAACUUUGGUUGGAGGCCAUUGAAGUCUCCAGCUUAAAGUUGCGCAAAGACAAAUGAAAUUCCCCCUCUCCCUCACACUCUGCUUCUUUUGGGGAGCGUCUCUGCUCAUGCGCAUCUCUCUUUCUUUCUAUCUUUCUUUCUUUCUUUCUUUUUUUUUUUAAUAGUUUUUAAGUCUCUUUUGCAUUCCUGCUUUGUAGCUUGUCUACGUCUUUCUUUCAUAUUGUUUACAUAAAUAAAGCAACUUUUGUAUAU